CCGGCACCUUCGGGGCUGUGCGGUACCACACCGUCAGCCCCAUCCCGGCGGCGGGCGGGCCUUGAGGCUGCCCCGCUGGUCUCCAGCAGGCUGGAGGCGUUCGGUGAACGGCGGAGAUCGGAGCUGCUGGGCGGUUUCGGGUGUCUGCGAGCAGGUGUGAGGGGUGUGCUGAAACUCUGUCCCGCUUCCUUGUGGCUGUCGCCUCGGCCUGCCGGACAGACCAUGUGAGCCGCGGGUUUUAAUGUUUUUAACGAUAUGGAAAAGGGUGAUCUUUGAAGCUUGUCAAGUAAGAGUGUACAUGUUUGAAGAUGAUGUUCCUUCUCCAGAGUUAAUAAACUCAAAGCUGCUUAUUGGAUGUCAUGAGUUUGUUCACUCCAGUCAGCUCUGCUGUCAUGGAAGCUACAUGCUUACAUAAUGCCAAGUGUGAGUCACAGUUACAACAAAACAGCAAUGAAUCAGAAGUGUAUACUGUUGAAGAUCUGAGAAGGAAGCUCUGUCAAGUUAGAAAAGAAAAGUUAGACUUAACCAUUAAACACAAUCAAGAACUGUCUGACUAUGAAAGCCAGAUAGUCAAAUUACGGUCAGAAAUUGAGAAAGGCGAGGCUGUUCGACAGCAUCUGGAGUAUGAAUUGGCAAUUGCCAGAAAAGAUGGUCGUCUGAAAAUGUAUGCUGCGGAAGAGGAGUUAAAUGAUGCAAAUACCAAACUUGUGGAACUGCAAAUGUUAAAUGAAAAACUGCAGCAGAAAGUGGCAGAGACUGAGAAAACGCUUCAUAUUGCUCAGCAGAAGUGGAAAGAAGAACAGCAAAGACAUGCAAGUGAGAAGGAUGAUAUCCGUAGAACUUGCAAGAAUGAAUAUGAAUUGCUUCUCAAGGAAAGAACCAAACUAGAAAGUUUUUUGCAGGAACAAAACAAUGCAUUGCAAAAUGUAUGUAAGAAAAUGAAAGAUAUGGAGAUGGAACACAGUGGCUGUACUGAGCUGCUGAGGCGCCAGGCCAAUCAACUUGAAUACAGCGCUGAACGAGAGGAGCGACUGAAGAAAGAACUCAAAGCAGCUACAGUGAGAAUAAAGAAACUGGAAAAAAACACUGAAGCAGAGAGAGCAGCACAUUUGGAAUCCAAAUUCAAUUCAGAAAUCAUCCAGUUAAGAAUUCGAGACCUUGAAGGAGCUUUGCAGGUGGAAAAAGCCAGCCAAGCAGAAGCUCUUUCAGAUUUAGAAAUGAUCAAGAAAGAGUUUAAAGAGGUAGAAAAUGCAUAUGAGAGAGAAAAAUGCAAUGCCCAAGAGAACCUGGAAAAACUCAAUGUAUUAGAAAGAGAGUGUAUCUCCACAAACAAGCACAUGAAUGAGAAGAUUGAAGAGAAGAAGAAGAUAAUUCAAGAGCUCUCUGAGAUACUAGGGAAUAAUGAAGAAAACUACAGAGAAUUGCAGGAGGAACUUGCAAUGGCCAAGAAACACCAGGUCUUUCUAACAGAGACGUAUGAAAGCAACAUGAGAGAGCUGAAGUUACUCCUGGACAGCUUUGCUAUGUCAGGCCAGCGGACAGCAGGCACUUGUAAGGACAAAGAUAAACCUUCGAGCCUCUCUGUCCUUGAGACUUUGAGGUGUACCUUGACAGCUUACCAGAACAAGCUGGAAGAUAUGUCUAAUGAGCUUAGGAAAAUGGAGGCUUUGUGUGAAAAGAAGACAAAAGAACUGGAGAUAUUUGAAGAGAAAAUGUGUGCUUUAAGUGAAGACCUCAAGGAAGCUCAGGAUAACCUAGAUGAUGCCAAUAAAGAGUUAAAUCAUCUGCACACUAAAUGUACAGACAGAGAGACUUUAAUAGGAGCUUUAAAAAUUGAACUGCUGAAUGUACAGCAAUGCUGGGAGAAGGAGAAAGUACGUGUCACAGAAUCUGAAAAUGAAAUCCAGAAGCUUACCAGGGCUUACCAGAAGGAUAUGGAGGAGAAGCUAACCUUCCUCCAUAGCUUAUACCAGCGUUUGGUAGCAGGCUGUGUGCUUAUAAAACAACCAGAAGGCAUCAUAGAUAGAUUCUCUUGGUCUGAGCUUUGUGCAGUCUUGCAGGAGAAUGUUGAUGCCCUGAUCUUAGACCUCACCGGGGCUAAUGAGAAGAUAUCUCAUCUAGAAUGUAUUUGUAAGAGCAAGUCUGAUACUGUGAAGGAGCUUCAGCAGAGCCAGGAAGAUGCUUUUAGUGAAAUGGCUGAACAAAUGAAAGCACAGGAAAGCUGUUGGCAGAAACAAAAAGUGUAUCUGGAGCAGCAGUACUAUGGUCUCCUUGGGGAAGUUCAUGCAAGGGUACAGGAAUACCAAAAAACAGCAGAAAAAAACAAGGAAAAAAUUUAUGUCCUUGAAAGAAGACGGGAUAAAUUAGCCCUUGAAAAUGUUUCUGUGAAAAAUAUGUUAACACAGGUUCAGAAGGAGCAUUCAUCUCUCCUGGUAGCCUGUGCUCUGUUGGCGGGUGCCCUGUAUCCUCUCUACGGCCGAUCAUGUGCUAUGUCUUCCCAGAGGGACCUUCUCCAGGAUCAGGUCAACAUUUAUGAAUUAGUGAACCAGGAGAUUAGGACCCUAGUUCAUGCACUCUCUGACAUAGAGGAAGACAGUCAAGAUGAUGCAAAAUGGAAGAAAAGAAAACUCAAAGGCUUGAUUCAUGUUUUUCGAAGAGAUGUGAUUGCAGUUUUGGCAGCUAACAGAUUUAAAGUUUUAGCCCAGUCUUCUAGUUCCCUCUUCUCCUGGGUAGAUGGCUUCAAAGAAGGCAUUGGAAUUCUAGUUUGUAUAGGAGAAUCCAAAGGCAAACAUAAUGUGUCAAGUCAUGAAGAGGAGCAAAUUCACUGUGUUGAAGCAUUCAGCUGGUUUACUAGUUCUAACCUCCUUGCUGCAAUUGUAAGUUCUGUCACUGAAUUACAGGAUGUUGUUAACACAACAGAUCCAAAGCCCUGGCUUUCUGAGCAUGUACUUGUAAAUGCAGCCAGGAACUCCUUUUCAAAACUUAUGGACAAACUGAAUGUAAUAAUGGAGGCUGUUCCAUUAGACAGCAGAAGGAGCAUUACUUACCUGGAGAAAAACUCCUUGGUACAGAGAUUGGCUCAUGGACUUCAUAAAAUAAAUACCCAGGCCCUGGAAGCUGGAUUAUGUGACAGACUACCUGUUAUGAAAAGUAUAGCAUCUUUGCAAAAGCUGAUAUUUGAAUUUACACAAAGACUUCAUACAGCGGAGGUGGAACGCCGGUCACUGCGCCUAAAACUUGCUGAAUUUAAAUGGAAUUUCAGUGAGAUGAAAAAAGAAGCUGAAAAAGCCCAGAGCCUCCAAAAGCAAUUAAAUAUGUUUAAGCAAUCUAAGUUGAUCACCCAUGAGAGGUUUGAAAGUGCAUGUGAAGAAUUAAAUAAUGCAUUACAUCGGGAGCAUCAGGCACAAGUGCUUUUGAACGAACAGGCGCAACAGCUACAGGAGUUAAAUAAUAAACUAGAAUUGCACUCCAGUGAAGAAGCAGACAAAAACCAAGUCUUAAGUGAAACUGUAAAGAGACUCUCCGAGGCAAAGAUGGAGCUGAGAAGAAAAGAUCAAUCUCUGCGUCAGCUCAAUAGACUUCUUACCCAGCUGGAGCAGGACAAGCGUCGACUGAAAGAGAGCAUCCGUGAUGCAGAGAGUGCCCUCUGCAUGGCAGCGAAAGACAAAGAAUUGAUAAUUAGUCACAUGAAAUCUGUGGAAGCCACUCUUCAUAAGGUCAGAGAUCAGACCUUGCUGUCACGGACUGCGGCAACCAGGAAUGACUUCACCCUGCAGCUACCCAAACUGCACCUAGAGACCUUUGCAGUGGAAGGGCUGAGGGGCAGGCCAGAGGUUGUGGCAUUUCAGGCCAUGGUUAAAAGUUUUAUGGAUGUCUACCAGCUUGCAAGUUCCAGAAUUGACAUGCUGCUGAGAGAAACAGCAUCUCGUAAGCUUCCCACUUCAGCCCCAAAGUCCAAGAGCCAAACAGCUUGUCUUCAUGAAAAUGAGAACCUGCAAUUGGAAUCAAGAGGGAGUUCAAACAUCACCAUGGCUUCAAGCUAGGAAUUCAGCCUGACCAGAGCUGUAUCCCAGAUAUUUUGGCAUUGCAAGCUGAACCUGACACAUGCUACAGUUUUAUGCACAAUAGAGCCAGUUUUCAGUCUUCAGUCUAUUCCUUCAGCCUGAAUGUCACAUCCAGUCCCAAAAGAACAAUGGAAAAUGGAUUUUCAGAUUCUUUGUAUCAAAAAUCUUUUAGAAGGAAAAAAUUGCAUUAAUGUAAAAUGAUGCAAUUAAAGUGCAAUUUUGUUGCUACCUUUGAA